AUGGUGGCAAAGACAAGAUCAUCAAAAUCAAUAACACCAAUAGAAGAUGAAAUUAUGGAUGUUAAACCAAUAAUUACAAACUCAAAAAUUAAGAAGCCAAAAUUAGUAGCAAAAGUUAAACCAAAAUUAAUCAAAUCACAUUCUGAUUUAGAAGAUUUAUUAACUCAUAUUGCCAUACCUAAAGAUUUAGCAUUACCACAAGAAUAUAUAAAUUAUCAUACAUCUGAUUUCAUUGAAGGCAUUCGACAUAUUUUAAAAGUUGAUCCUAGCUUAUAUCCCGUAAUUGUACAUUCCAAUUUCGAAAGAUUCAAUAUCAAUAAAGUGGCAAAGAACAACGCAUUAAUACAUGAUUAUUGGUAUAAUUUAGUAUCUUCAGUAAUAGCACAACAAAUUUCUGGAUCAGCAGCAAAAUCAAUUGAAUCUAAAUUUAAACAAUUAUUUCAAGAUGAGAUACCCACCCCUGCAAAAACUUUAUCUUUCACUCAUGAAGAAUUAAGAUCAGUUGGUUUUUCAAAUUCAAAAGUUAAAUAUGUUAUGGAUAUAAGUGAAGCAUUUAAUGAUCCAUCACAUAAAUUAACAAAUAUAAAUUUUUAUCAAGAUUCUAGAAUUGAAGAUAUCAUUUUAGAAUUAUGUAAAUUGAAAGGAAUUGGUCCAUGGUCUGCUAAAAUGUUUGCAAUUUUUACAUUGGAAAAGAUGAAUGUAUUUGCUGAGGAUGAUUUGGGUAUUGCUAGAGGUAUGGCUAGAUAUCUUAAAAUAAGACCAGAAUAUUUUAAGUUGAUAAAAAAUGAGAGUGCAAAUCAUGAACCAACUCAAUUAUUAUUGAAAAGAAAGACUAAAUUUGCAAGUAAGGAAAAUAGUAAACGAAAUUGGAUACCUAUUCAUGAUGCUUAUGUGAAAUAUAUAGCUGAAAAAUUUAGUCCUUAUAAAACUGUAUUUAUGAUGAUCUUAUGGAGAUUAUCAUCCACAAAUAUAGAUGUUUUGAGUAAGUUAGAUGAAUAA